AUGCACAACGCACUGAACUGGAAGGAAAAAAAGUUUGAAAAAUACGUAAUUGCCGUUUUCCUUUAUAUUUUGGGCGCAUUUGACUGCCUAUGGUGGGCUCAGCUGGUUAUUUACAUGCGCAAUGCUGGCUGUCGUAGUGGGUUGGUCAAACUGACGAAAAUUUACCUGUAUGGCCGCCGAGCUGUUAUGCAGUUUGGCAACCAAACAGUAACACUGACCAAAGGCUGUCCGCAAGGGUCAGAGUAUGGUCCAGACCUGUGGAAACUAGCUGUGAACCCACUAUUGUCAGUAGACCCGCCAACCUGUACUGAGCUAAUUGCGUAUGCAGACGAUCUUCUCUGGAGAAAAUCGUGCAGAGCUAUUAAGUCGUGGAAACGAAUUACUAAGUAG